CUGCAUUCUUCACUGAGCUCCUCUGAGCACACGUUGAUUUCAGUAUGGCACAAGGGCAUGAAAACGUAGGCGAGUUUCGUGAAAAAGACGAUAUCACAAUUCUUCUGCUUGGGACAGACGACAAGUGUAAGUGUUUGGUGGGAAAUAAAAUAAUUCAGUUGGACCAUUUCCAUCCAGGACCUUCCUUAUAUCAAGAAAUAUCCCUGGAGUUGCAAGACGGCGUGGUAACUGUUAUUAAUAUCCAGAAACAACCUUAUCAGUCAUUUCAAAAGAUUGAGAAAUGUAGAAAUUCAUCAUCUGAGCACCAGUGUAUAGUAUUUGUCCUGCAGCCUGACUGUGUUACUCAGUGGGAUGUGGAGUUAUUUCAAGAUUUUCAGAGGAAUUUUGGAAAGAAAAUGUUGCAAAACAUGAUAGUACUUCUUUUCAGCGAUAAAAAUAAGAGAUCAGCAAAGCCAGGCACUGAAACAGAUCAUUACCUGCAAUACAUUGUCCAACAAUGCCGGGGAAAAGCUUGUGAUUUUAACACAAAUAUGGAGUCAAAAGACUUGAUGAAACGACUGAUGAAAUGCUGGAAAAUUGGGCCUCAGAUGCAAAUAAACAAGCACGAAAGAUCCCACAGGCACACAAUUGCACAGAAUGAGCGGGAAGCAAUAAUACAAAAACUUGUUUCAGGGGCUGCAGCUGGUCCCAGCAAUUCUGCCCACAGACAGGAAAGAUCCAGAACAAGUGGGCAGCGGCGGAAUAAAUCAUUCAGUAUGAGACAUAUUGGAUUGACUCUCCGUGCCCGCUUGUCCUCUACAGGGGCUGCAGCUCAUCCAAGCAUCUCGGACAAUAGGACAGAUGAACGAGACCUCACUAGGACCGACACCAUGACUAUUGUGCUGCUGGGACAGACAGGAAGUGGGAAGAGUGCUACAGGAAACACCAUCCUGAGAAAGACUCAUUUUGAAUCUCGCGCCAGUUCUGUGCCAGUAACGCAGAUGUGUCAGAUGGCAGAGGCAACCAUUUGCGGACAAAAUAUCAGGGUCAUAGACACUCCAGAUUUCUUUUAUGAAGGCCUAAGAGACCAGCACAAACACAUAAGAAGGUGUCUAGAGCUCUCUCAGCCUGGGCCUGAUGCGUAUGUACUGGUCAUGGAGCUCGGCCGUUUCACAGAUGGAGAGAGACUGAUAGUUCGCAAUAUACAGAGAGUGUUUGGCGAGGAUGCUGUGAGAGAAAUCAUCAUUCUGUUUACAGGGAAAGAGAAACUAGGAGAAAAAACGGUGUCAGACUACAUUACAAAUACUAAUCCCCACCUGCAGGAGCUGGCCCGCAUCUGUGGGUCCAGAUGUCUUGCGUUUAACAACAAUGAUCGCAAGGAUCGACAGUUUCAGACACUGCUAGAGAUGGUUUCAGAAAUGAAGAGACAAAACGGAUGUACUGACAUCUGUGUACCUCACCCCCAAAAGGAAUCCUCAAAAAAAGAUUGCACAAUCAUGUAAACUAACUAAAUAUGGGGUCAGUUUUGGUCUAGUGGUUAGAGAGUUGGACUCGUAGUCUGAAGGGCGGCGGUUCAAUUCUCAGUGCUAUCAGGAAAUGACAGAAGUGCCCUUGAGCAAGACACCUUACCCCUGUUUGCUCUGCAGUGAUAG